AUGUCAUAUCGGGCAGUUAGCACCACCACCACCACCACUGGUGUCACCACCGUGGACUGCCAGAAACAAGUCCGGUCGUGGAGGCUUCUCCGCUCUUUCAUGGAGCUUCUUAUUCCAACCUGCAACUGCUUCAUAGAAGAAAACAAUGAAUUCAAGGAAGAAAAAUACAUAAACAAAUUCUUCUACGAAAAGAAUUCUUUCAUUUCCUCAUCCAUAAUUACAGGCACAAUUUAUGGCAAUCGACGUGGAAAAGUUAGCCUAUGCAUCCAAACAAACCCUAAAUCCUUGAAUCCGAUUCUACUCCUAGAAAUGGCAGUCCCAACAAGUGUUCUUGCUAGGGAAAUGAAGGGAGGAUUUCUUCGAAUCGUGCUUGAGUGUAACGCAACGAGGAAAAAUGCAUUAGAUUCAAAUUCUCUCUUGUCUAUGCCACUAUGGACCAUGUACUGUAAUGGAAGAAAAGUAGGGUUUGCUGUAAAGCGAAAACCUCCCAGGGAAGAUAUAGAAAUUCUACGGCAAAUGGAAUCAGUUAUCGUUGGUGCAGGCGUUAUAAACGACAAGGAAAUUACUCGCAAUGAUGAUAUUAUGUACCUUAGGGGAAAUUUUGAAAGAGUUCAUGGAUCAUAUGAUUCUGAAUCUUUUCAUUUGAUUGAUCCUGAUGGUAAUAUUGGGCAGGAGCUAAGUAUUUUCUUUCUCCGAUCGCGAUGA